GUUAAGUAUAGGUGAAAUAUUAUUAUCAUUUAGCAACGAUAAUGAAAAUGACAGUGCAGCUCAUUACACAUUUACACAGCAAAGAAACCUACUCUUAACACAAACUCCAGGAUCAUCAUCAUCACUACCGUAACAACAUUCCCAAAACUCUUUUGAAAAAAAACCAUGUAUGAAAAAGUGAUUCUAACAUUCAUAUUCGUCUUCCUUCUCAUAAUCUCCUACUCAAUCUUCAUCGGAACACUCGACAUUCGAUCUUAUUUCUACCAAUCACCAACCCUUCAACCCGCUCCAUGUAAACCCGACCCGCCUCUUCGUGUUUACAUGUAUGAUCUCCCUCCCCGUUUCAACGUCGGAAUGAUCACUCGCCGGAAUACGUCGGAGUCUCCCGUCACCGUUAGGGAUUUUCCGCGGUGGCCGGGGAAUUGGGGUUUGAAGAAGCAACACAGUGUGGAGUAUUGGAUGAUGGGAUCGCUUUUACAUGAUGGUGAUGGUGGUGAAGCUGUGAGGGUUUCGGAUCCGGAAUUGGCUGAUGCCUUUUUUGUUCCGUUUUUUUCUUCCUUGAGUUUUAAUACACAUGGACAUACUAUGACGGAUCCUGCUACCGAGAUUGAUCGAAAAUUGCAGGUUGAUCUGAUGGAAUUCUUGAAGAAAUCUAAAUAUUGGCAGAGGUCUAAAGGCAGAGACCAUGUAUUUCCUAUGACACACCCCAAUGCCUUUAGAUUCCUACGUAAUCAAUUGAAUGAUACUAUUCAAGUUGUUGUGGAUUUUGGCCGCUACCCUAAGGGCAUGUCUAAUUUGAAUAAAGAUGUGGUGUCCCCGUAUGUUCAUGUUGUGGAUUCUUAUACAGAUGAUGAACCUCAAGAUCCGUACGAGAUUCGCUCCACACUGCUUUUCUUUCGAGGGAGGACUUUCAGGAAGGAUGAAGGCAUUGUCCGUGCUAAACUGAUGGGUAUAUUGAGUGGUUAUAGUGACGUUCACUAUGAGCGAAGUGUUGCAACAGGAGCAAACAUAAAAGCGUCAUCUAAAGGAAUGCGUUCAUCAAAGUUCUGUUUGCAUCCAGCAGGAGACACACCAUCAUCUUGUCGCCUUUUUGAUGCCAUUGCGAGUCACUGUGUUCCAGUCAUUGUGAGUGAUCAAAUUGAACUCCCUUUUGAGGAUGAGAUUGAUUACUCGCAGUUCUCUUUGUUCUUCUCUUUCAAAGAGGCAUUACAGCCUGGCUACAUGGUUGACCAGCUUCGUAAAGUUCCAAAACAGAAGUGGACUGAAAUGUGGAGGCAGGUUAAAAACAUCUCCCAUCAUUAUGAAUUCCAGUACCCUCCAAAAAGAGAGGAUGCUGUUAAUAUGCUUUGGAGACAGGUCAAACACAAGCUUCCAGGGGUCAGACUCUCUAUUCAUAGAACCCGAAGGUUAAAAAUCUCAGAUUGGUGGCGAAAGAGAUGAUGGUGUUUGGAGCUUUCGGUAUUGAUCUUGUACAUUCACAUUCACUCUCUUCAGUUUCCGUUACUAUCCCUUAAAGGGAAUAGAAGAAUAUCAUUGCCACGACUUCUCAUCUCAGCACCUUAAAAUAUAGGUCUGUGUAGAAGUUUUAAUCUGUGACUUGUUUUGGUCAUUUACACCAUACCUCACUUGGGGAGCACGAUUAGCAUGAACAUUGCAAUGGAGAUCCAGUGAUAUUUUGCAAUUAUAUUUUGCAACAUGGACUUCUAGUAGGCAAAUGAAGAUAUGCUCUCAGGAUAAGUUAUAGGAGAAAAGAAAGAAAUUUCGGUUGACUUUGUCAUUCCCCAUUUCACCCAAAUCAAUGUACAUCUCCGUUAAUGCUAUUGAUUUGAAACCAUAGUUAAUUAUUGCAUUCAUUUGGAUUCAUUAACGUUUAAGGAGUUCAACUUACAGUUUCUAUCCAAUUCCAUGCGA